AUGGACGUGGACAUGGACGUGGACGUGGACAUGGACGCGGACGUGGACGUGGACAUGGACGUGGAUGUGGACGUAGACGCGGACGUGGACGUGGACAUGGACGUGGACGUGGACGUAGACGUGGACAUGGACGUAGACGUGGACAUGGACGUGGACAUGGACGUGGACGUGGACGUGGACCUGGACGUGGACAUGGACGUGGACGUGGAUGUAGACGUGGAUGUGGAUGUGGACAUGGACGUGGACAUGGACGUGGACGUGGACAUGGACGUGGACGUGGACGUGGACGUGGACAUGGACGUGGACGACUUGGACGUGGACAUGGACGUGGACGUGGACGUGGACGUGGACGUGGACAUGGCCGUGGACGUGGACGUGGACGUGGACGUGGUCGUGGACGUGGACGUGGACCUGGACGUGGACGUUGACGUGGACGUGGACAUGGUCGUGGACGUGGACGUGGACGUGGACGUGGACGUGGUCGUGGACGUGGACGUGGACGUGGACAUGGACGUGGACGUGGACGUGGACAUGGACGUUGACGUGGACGUGGACGUGGUCGUGGACGUGGACGUGGACGUGGACGUGGACGUGGACGUGGACAUGGUCGUGGACGUGGACGUGGACGUGGACGUGGACAUGGUCGUGGACGUGGACGUGGACGUGGACGUGGACGUGGACGUGGACAUGGACGUGGACAUGGACGUGGACGUGGACGUGGACAUGGACGUGGACAUGGACGUGGACGUGGACGUGGACAUGGACAUGGAUGUGGACGUGGACGUGGACAUGGAUGCGGACGUGGACGUAUACAUGGACGUGGACGUGGACGUAGACGUGGACGUGGACGUGGACGUGGACAUGGACGUGGACAUGGACGUGGAUGUGGACAUGGACGUCGAUGUGGACGUGGACGUGGAUGUGGACGUGGACAUGGACGUGGACGUGGACGUGGACGUGGACGUAGACAUGGCCGUGGACGUGGACGUGGACGUGGACGUGGUCGUGGACGUGGACGUGGACCUGGACGUGGACAUGGACGUGGACGUGGACGUGGAGGACUUGGACGUGGACAUGGACGUGGACGUGGACGUGGACGUGGACGUGGAUGUGGACGUGGACAUGGACGUGGACAUGGACGUGGACGUGGACGUGGACGUGGACAUGGUCGUGGACGUGGACGUGGACGUGGACGUGGUCGUGGACGUGGACGUGGACGUGGACGUGGACGUGGACGUGGAUGUGGAGGACUUGGACGUGGACAUGGACGUUGACGUGGACGUGGACGUGGAUGUGGUCGUGGACGGGGACGUGGACGUGGACGUGGACAUGGUCGUGGACGUGGACGUGGACGUGGACGUGGACGUGGACAUGGUCGUGGAUGUGGACGUGGACGUGGACGUGGACGUGGACGUCGACGUGGACAUGGACAUGGACGUGGACAUGGACGUGGACGUGGACAUGGACGUGGACAUGGACGUGGACGUGGACGUGGACAUGGACGUGGACGUGGACGUGGACGUGGACGUGGACGUGGACAUGGACGUGGACGUGGACGUGGACGUGGACAUGGACGUGGACGUGGACGUGGACGUUGACGUGGACGUGGACGUGGACAUGGACGUGGACAUGGUCGUGGACAUGGACGUGGAUGUGGACGUGGACGUGGACGUGGUCGUGGACGUGGACGUGGACGUGGACGUGGACAUGGACGUGGACGUGGAGGACUUGGACGUGGACAUGGACGUGGAUGUGGACGUGGACGUGGAUGUGGACGUGGACAUGGAAGUGGACGUGGACGUGGACGUGGACGUGGACGUAGACGUGGACGUGGACGUGGACGUGGACAUGGACGUGGACGUGGACGUGGACGUGGACGUGGACAUGGCCGUGGACGUGGACGUGGACGUGGACGUGGUCGUGGACGUGGACGUGGACCUGGACGUGGACGUGGACAUGGACGUGGAUGUGGACAUGGACGUGGAUGUGGACAUGGACGUGGACGUGGACAUGGACGUGGACGUGGACAUGGACGUGGACCUGGACGUGGACGUGGACGUGGACGUGGACGUGGACGUGGACAUGGACGUGGACGUGGACGUGGACAUGGACGUGGACGUGGACGUGGACGUGGACAUGGACGUGGACAUGGACGUGGACAUGGACGUGGACAUGGACGUGGACGUGGACAUGGACGUGGACGUAGACGUGGACGUGGACGUGGACGUGGACAUGGACGUGGACGUGGACGUGGACGUGGACGUGGACGUGGACGUGGAUGUGGACAUGGACCUGGACGUGGACGUGGAGGACUUGGACGUGGACAUGAACGUGGACUUGGACGUGGACGUGGACGUGGAGGUGGACGUGGACGUGGACGUGGACGUGGAGUUGGACGUGGACGUGGACGUGGACAUGGACAUGGACAUGGACGUGGACGUGGACAUGGACGUGGACAUGGACGUGGAAGUGGACGUGGACAUGGACAUGGACGUGGACGUGGAAGUGGACAUGGACGUGGAUGUGGACGUGGACAUGGACGUGGACGUGGACGUGGACGUGGACCUGGACGUGGACAUGGAUGUGGACGUGGACGUGGACAUGGACGUGGACGUGGACAUGGGCGUGGACAUGGACGUGGACGUGGACAUGGACGUGGACGUGGACGUGGACAUGGACGUGGACGUGGACGUGGACAUGGACGUGGACAUGGACGUGGACAUGGACGUGGACGUGGACAUGGACGUGGACGUGGAUGUGGACGUGGACGUGGACGUGGACGUCGACGUAGACGUGGACAUGGACGUGGACGUGGACGUGGACUUGGACGUGGACAUGGAUGUGGACGUGGACGUGGAGGACUUGGACGUGGACGUGGACGUGGACUUGGACGUGGACGUGGACGUGGACUUGGACGUGGACGUGGACGUGGACAUGGACGUGGACGUGGACGUGGACGUGGACGUGGACAUGGACGUAGACGUGAACAUGGACAUGGACAUGGACGUGGACGUGGACGUGGACGUGGACAUGGACGUGGACGUGGAAGUGGACGUGGACGUGGACAUGGACGUGGACGUGGACGUGGAGAUGGACGUGGACGUGGACAUGGACGUGGACGUGGACGUGGACGUGGACAUGGACGUGGACGUGGACGUGGACAUGGCCGUGGACGUAGACGUAAAUGGACACAUGGACGUGGACGUGGACAUGGACGUGGACGUGGACGUGGACAUGGACGUGGACGUGGACGUGGACCUGGUCGUGGACGUGGACGUGGACGUGGACGUGGACGUGGACGUGGAUGUGGACGUGGACGUGGACAUGGUCGAGGACGUGGACGUGGACGAGGACACGGACGUGGACGUGGACAUGGAAGUGGACGUGGACACGGACGUAGACAUGGACGUGGACGUGGACCUGGACGUGGACGUGGACAUGGACGUGGACGUGGACGUGGACGUGGACUUGGACGUGGACAUGGACGAGGACGUAGACGUGGACGUGGACGUGGACGUGGACCUGGUCGUGGACGUGGACAUGGACAUGGACGUGGACGUGGACGUGGAGGACUUGGACGUGGACGUGGACGUGGACUUGGACGUGGACGUGGACGUGGACUUGGACGUGGACGUGGACGUGGACAUGGACGUGGACGUGGAUGUGGACGUGGACAUGGACGUGGACAUGGACGUGGACGUGGACAUGGACGUGGACAUGGACGUGGACGUGGACAUGGACGUGGACGUGGAAGUGGGCUCGGACGUGGACAUGGACGUGGACAUGGACGUGGACAUGGACGUGGACGUGGACAUGGACGUGGACGUGGACGUGGACGUGGACAUGGACAUGGACGUGGAUGUGAAUGGACACGUGGACGUGGACGUGGACAUGGUCGUGGACGUGGACGUGGACGUGGACACGGACGUGGACGUGGACAUGGAAGUGGACGUGGACAUGGACGUGGACAUGGACGUGGACGUGGACGUGGACGUGGACGUGGACGUGGACAUGGACGUGGACGUGGACGUGGACGUGGACUUGGACGUGGACAUGGACGUGGGCGUGGACGUGGACGUGGACGUGGACCUAGUCGUGGACGUGGACGUGGACCUGGACAUGGACGUGGACAUGGACGUGGAGGACUUGGACGUGGACAUGGACGUGGACGUGGACGUGGACGUGGACGUGGACGUGGACAUGGACGUGGACGUGGACGUGGACAUGGACGUGGACAUGGACGUGGACGUGGACGUGGACAUGGACGUGGACGUGGACGUGGACGUGGACGUGGACGUGGACAUGGUCGUGGACGUGGACGUGGACUUGGAUGUGGACGUGGACGUGGUCGUGGACGUGGACGUGGACGUGGACAUGGACAUGGACGUGGACGUGGAGGACUUGGACGUGGACAUGGACGUGGACGUGGACGUGGACGUGGACGUGGACAUGGACGUAUACGUGGACGUGGACGUGGACGUGGACAUGGACGUGGACGUGGACGUGGACGUGGACAUGGACAUGGACGUGGACGUGGACAUGGACGUGGACGUGGACGUGGACGUGGACGUGGACAUGGACGUGGACGUGGACGUGGACGUGGACGUGGACCUGGUCGUGGACGUGGACGUGGACGUGGACAUGGACGUGGACGUGGACAUGGAGGACUUGGACGUGGACAUGGAUGUGGAUGUGGACGUGGACGUGGACGUGGACGUGGACAUCGACGUGGACGUGGACGUGGACGUGGACAUGGUCGUGGACGUGGACGUGGUCGUGGACGUAGACGUGGACGUGGACGUGGACAUGGACGUCGACAUGGACGUGGAGGACUUGGACGUGGACAUGGACGUGGACGUGGACGUGGACGUGGACGUGGACGUGGACAUGCAUGUGGACGUGGACGUGGACGUGGACGUGGACAUGGACGUGGACGUGGACGUGGACAUGGACGUGGACAUGGACGUGGACGUGGACGUGGACGUGGACAUGGACGUGGACGUGGACAUGGACGUGGACAUGGACGUGGACGUGGACGUGGACGUGGACAUGGACGUGGACGUGGACGUGGACGUGGAUGUGGAGGUGGACAUGGACGUGGACGUGGACUUGGACGUGGACGUGGACAUGGACGGGGACGUGGACGGGGACGUGGACGUGGACGUGGACAUGGACGUGGACGUGGACGUGGACGUGGACAUGGACGUGGACGUGGACGUGGACAUGGACGUGGACAUGGACGUGGACAUGGACGUGGACGUGGACGUGGACAUGGACGUGGACGUGGACGUGGACGUGGACGUGGACGUGGACAUGGACGUGGACGUGGACAUGGACGUGGACGUGGACAUGGAUGUGGACGUGGACGUGGACGUGGACGUGGUCGUGGACGUGGACGUGGACCUGGACGUGGACGUGGACGUAGACAUGGACGUGGACGUGGACGUGGACGUGGACAUGGACGUGGACGUGGACGUGGACAUGGACGUAGACGUGGACGUGGACGUGAACGUGGACGUGGACGUGGACGUGGACGUGGAGGUGGAAGUGGAGGUGGACGUGGACGUGGACAUGGACGUGGACGUGGACGUGGACGUGGGCAUGGAGGUGGACGUGGACGUGGACGUGGACGUGGACGUGGACAUGGACAUGGACGUGGACGUGGACGUGGACGUGGACGUGGACGUGGACAUGGUCGUGGACGUGGACGUGGACGUGGACGUGGAGGUGGACGUGGUCGUGGACGUGGACGUGGACGUGGACAUGGACGUGGACAUGGACGUGGACGUGGACGUGGACGUGGACGUGGACAUGGACGUGGAUAUGGACGUGGACAUGGACAUGGACGUGGACAUGGACGUGGACGUGGACGUGGAGGUGGAGGUGGACGUGGACGUGGACAUGGACGUGGACGUGGACGUGGACGUGGACAUGGACGUGGACGUGGACGUGGACAUGGACGUGGACGUGGACGUAGACGUGGACGUGGACAUGGACGUGGACGUGGACGUGGACGUGGACGUGGACAUGGAGGUGGACGUGGACGUGGACGUGGACGUGGACAUGGACGUGGACGUGGACGUGGACAUGGACGUGGACAUGGACGUGGACGUGGACGUGGACAUGGACGUGGACGUGGCUGUGGACGUGGACAUGGACGUGGACAUGGACGUGGACGUGGACGUGGACAUGGACGUGGACGUGGACGUGGACGUGGAGGUGGACAUGGACGUGGACGUGGACUUGGACGUGGACGUGGACAUGGACGGGGACGUGGACGGGGACGUGGACGUGGACGUGGACAUGGACGUGGACGUGGACGUGGACAUGGACGUGGACGUGGACGUGGACAUGGACGUGGACAUGGACAUGGACAUGGACGUGGACAUGGACGUGGACAUGGACGUGGACGUGGACGUGGACGUGGACGUGGUCGUGGACAUGGACGUGGACGUGGACAUGGACGUGGACGUGGACGUGGACGUGGACAUGGACGUGGACGUGGACAUGGACGUGGACGUGGACGUGGACGUGGUCGUGGACGUGGACGUGGACCUGGACGUGGACGUGGACGUAGACAUGGACGUGGACGUGGACGUGGACGUGGACAUGGACGUGGACGUGGACGUGGACAUGGACGUAGACGUGGACGUGGACGUGAACGUGGACGUGGACGUGGACGUGGAGGUGGAAGUGGAGGUGGACGUGGACGUGGACAUGGACGAGGACGUGGACGUGGACGUGGACGUGGACAUGGAGGUGGACGUGGACGUGGACGUGGACGUGGACGUGGACGUGGACAUGGACAUGGACAUGGACGUGGACGUGGACGUGGACGUGGACGUGGACGUGGACAUGGUCGUGGACGUGGACGUGGACGUGGAGGUGGACGUGGUCGUGGACGUGGACGUGGACGUGGACAUGGACGUGGACAUGGACGUGGACGUGGACGUGGACGUGGACAUGGACGUGGACGUGGACAUGGACGUGGACGUGGACGUGGACGUGGACAUGGACGUGGACAUGGACGUGGACGUGGACGUGGAGGUGGAGGUGGACGUGGACGUGGACAUGGACGUGGACGUGGACGUGGACGUGGACAUGGACGUGGACGUGGACGUGGACAUGGACGUGGACGUGGACGUGGACGUGGACGUGGACAUGGUCGUGGAUGUGGACGUGGACGUGGACGUGGACGUGGUUGUGGACGUGGACAUGGACGUGGACGUGGACGUGGUCGUGGACAUGGACGUGGACGUGGACGUGGACGUGGACAUGGACGUAGACAUGGACGUCGACGUGAACGUGGACGUGGACAUGGACGUCGACGUGGAGGUGGACGUGGAGGUGGACGUGGACGUGGACAUGGACGUGGACGUGGACGUGGACGUGGACAUGGAGGUGGACGUGGACGUGGACGUGGACAUGGACGUGGACGUGGACGUGGACGUGGACGUGGACGUGGACAUGGACGUGGACGUGGACGUGGACGUGGACAUGGACGUGGACAUGGACGUGGACAUGGACGUGGACGUAGACGUGGACAUGGACGUGGACGUGGACGUGGACAUGGACGUGGACGUGGACGUGGACGUGGACAUGGUCGACUUGGACGUCCACAUGGAUGUGGACGUGGACGUGGACGUGGACGUGGACGUGGACAUGGACGUGGACAUGGACGUGGACGUGGACAUGGACGAGGACGUGGACGUGGACGUGGACAUGGACGUGGACAUGGACAUGGACGUGGACAUGGACGUGGACGUGGACAUGGACGUGAACGUGGACGUGGACGUGGACGUGGACGUGGAGGUGGACGUGGAGGUGGACGUGGACGUGGACGUGGACGUGGACAUGGAUAUGGACGUGGACGUGGACGUGGACCAUGGACGUGGACAUGGACGUAGACAUGGACGUAGACGUGGACGUGGACAUGGACGUGGACAUGGACGUGGACGUGGACAUGGACGUGGACGUGGAUAUGGACCAAGACGUGGAUGUGGACGUGGAUGUGGAUGUGGACAUGGACGUGGACAUGGACGUGGACGUGGACAUGGACGUGGACGUGGACGUGGACAUGGACGUGGACGUGGACAUGGCGUGGACGUGGACGUGAACGUGGACGUGGAUGUGGACGUGGACAUGGACAUGGACGUGGACGUGGACGUGGAUGUGGACGUGAACAUGGACAUGGACGUGGACAUGGACGUGGACGUGGACGUGGACGUGGACAUGGUCGUGGACGUGGACGUGGACGUGGACGUGGUCGUGGACGUGGACGUGGACGUGGACAUGGACGUGGACGUGGAGGACUUGGACGUGGACAUGGACGUGGACGUGGACGUGGACAUGGACGUGGACAAGGAUGUGGACAUGGACGUGGACGUGGACAUGGAUGUGGACGUGGACGUGGACGUGGACGUGGACAUGGUCGUGGACGUGGACGUGGACGUGGACGUGGACGUGGACGUGGACAUGGACAUGGACAUGGACGUGGACGUGGACGUGGACGUGGACGUGGACGUGGACAUGGUCGUGGACGUGGACGUGGACGUGGAGGUGGACGUGGUCGUGGACGUGGACGUGGACGUGGACAUGGACGUGGAGGUGGACGUGGACGUGGACAUGGACGUGGACGUGGACGUGGACGUGGACAUGGACGUGGACGUGGACGUGGACAUGGACGUGGACGUGGACGUGGACGUGGACGUGGACAUGGUCGUGGAUGUGGACGUGGACGUGGACGUGGACGUGGUUGUGGACGUGGACAUGGACGUGGACGUGGACGUGGUCGUGGACAUGGACGUGGACGUGGACGUGGACGUGGACAUGGACGUAGACAUGGACGUCGACGUGAACGUGGACGUGGACAUGGACGUCGACGUGGAGGUGGACGUGGAGGUGGACGUGGACGUGGACAUGGACGUGGACGUGGACGUGGACGUGGACAUGGAGGUGGACGUGGACGUGGACGUGGACAUGGACGUGGACGUGGACGUGGACGGUGGACGUGGACACGUGGACAUGGACGUGGACGUGGACGUGGACAUGGACGUGGACGUGGACGUGGACGUGGACAUGGUCGACUUGGACGUCCACAUGGAUGUGGACGUGGACGUGGACGUGGACGUGGACAUGGACGUGGACAUGGACGUGGACGUGGACAUGGACGAGGACGUGGACGUGGACGUGGACAUGGACGUGGACAUGGACAUGGACGUGGACAUGGACGUGGACGUGGACAUGGACGUGAACGUGGACGUGGACGUGGACGUGGACGUGGAGGUGGACGUGGAGGUGGACGUGGACGUGGACGUGGACGUGGACAUGGAUAUGGACGUGGACGUGGACGUGGACAUGGACGUGGACAUGGACGUAGACAUGGACGUAGACGUGGACGUGGACAUGGACGUGGACAUGGACGUGGACGUGGACAUGGACGUGGACGUGGAUAUGGACCAAGACGUGGAUGUGGACGUGGAUGUGGAUGUGGACAUGGACGUGGACAUGGACGUGGACGUGGACAUGGACGUGGACGUGGACGUGGACAUGGACGUGGACGUGGACAUGGCGUGGACGUGGACGUGA